CUCUGGUCCAAGCCAUCUUCAACCGCGAUGUAGAGGAGGUGCGGUCGCUGCUGAACCAGAAGGAGAACAUUAAUGUACUGGACCAAGAACGCCGAACGCCGCUGCACGCUGCUGCCUACAUCGGAGAUGUCGCAAUCCUCGAGCUCCUCAUUCUGUCAGGUGCUAACGUUAACGCGAAGGACACGGUUUGGCUCACCCCGUUACACCGCGCGGCGGCUUCUCGCAACGAGAAGGCACUUCACCUCCUCCUGAAGCACUCGGCGGACGUCAACGCCCGCGACAAGUACUGGCAAACGCCGCUGCACGUCGCUGCCGCCAACCGGGCCACCAAGUGCGUGGAGGCCAUCAUCCCCCUGCUGAGCACUGUCAACGUGGCCGACCGCACGGGCCGCACGGCGCUGCACCACGCCGUGCACAGCGGCCACCUGGAGAUGGUGAACCUGCUGUUGAACAAAGGGGCCAGCCUGAGCACUUGUGACAAGAAGGACCGCCAGCCCAUCCACUGGGCAGCUUUCCUGGGACAUUUGGAAGUUCUGAAGCUGCUGGUGGCCCGAGGAGCUGAUGUGAUGUGUAAGGACAAGAAGGGCUACACCCUGCUGCACACCGCGGCGGCCAGCGGCCAGAUCGAAGUCGUGCGUCACCUGCUGAGGCUGGGAGUCGAGAUCGAUGAACCAAAUUCUUUUGGAAACACUGCACUUCACAUUGCCUGUUACAUGGGCCAAGAUGCCGUGGCCAACGAGCUGGUGAAUUACGGCGCCAACGUCAAUCAGCCUAACGAGAAGGGCUUCACCCCCUUGCACUUUGCUGCCGUCUCCACCAACGGGGCCCUGUGCCUAGAGCUCCUCGUCAACAACGGGGCCGACGUCAACUUUCAGAGUAAGGAAGGGAAGAGCCCUUUGCACAUGGCUGCCAUCCACGGCCGCUUCACGCGGUCCCAGAUCCUCAUUCAGAACGGCAGUGAGAUCGACUGCGCUGACAAAUACGGCAAUACCCCCCUCCACGUUGCUGCUAGAUACGGCCACGAGCUGCUAAUUAGUACUUUGAUGACGAAUGGUGCUGACACUGCAAGGCGUGGGAUCCACGACAUGUUCCCUCUGCACUUAGCUGUUCUCUUUGGAUUUUCAGACUGUUGUCGUAAGCUACUUUCCUCAGGUCAGUUGUACAGUAUCGUCUCCUCGCUGAGCAACGAGCACGUGCUGUCUGCAGGCUUCGAUAUCAACACGCCUGACAACCUUGGGAGGACUUGCCUCCACGCUGCUGCUUCUGGAGGGAACGUUGAAUGUCUUAAUUUGCUGUUGAGCAGCGGUGCUGACUUGAGGAGGAGAGAUAAAUUCGGGAGGACUCCACUGCACUACGCGGCUGCCAACGGCAGUUAUCAGUGUACGGUGACGCUGGUGACGUCAGGAGCCAGUAUUAACGAGGCUGACUGUAAAGGCUGUACCCCCUUACACUAUGCUGCUGCUUCGGACACGUACAGGAGAGCAGAGACUCAUUCAGGAAACAGCCAUGACACUGACGAGGAGCCCCUGAAGGAGUCCAGGAUGAAGGAGGCGUUCUUUUGUUUGGAGUUCCUGCUGGAUAAUGGUGCUGACCCCUCCCUCCGGGACAAGCAGGGAUAUACCGCUGUCCACUAUGCAGCUGCGUACGGCAACAGGCAGAACCUUGAACUGCUCCUGGAAAUGUCUUUUAACUGCCUGGAGGAUGUGGAAAGCACCAUUCCAGUCAGCCCUUUGCACUUAGCUGCCUAUAAUGGUCACUGUGAAGCCCUAAAGACACUUGCCGAAACCCUCGUGAACCUCGACGUGCGGGACCACAAGGGGCGGACGGCGCUGUACCUCGCCACGGAGAGAGGCUCCACCGAGUGCGUGGAGGUGCUCACCAGCCACGGCGCGUCCGCCCUGGUGAAGGAGAGGAAGAGGAAGUGGACCCCUCUCCAUGCUGCAGCUGCCAACGGGAACACUGAUUCCCUGCACCUCCUGAUCGACAGCGGGGAGCGGGCGGAUAUCACCGACGUCAUGGACAUCCACGGCCAAACCCCCCUGAUGCUGGCGAUCAUGAACGGCCACGUCGACUGUGUCCACCUCCUGCUGGAGAAGGGAUCCACGGCCGACGCGGCGGACAAGAGGGGCAGGACCGCGCUGCACCGAGGGGCUGUGACAGGCUGUGAGGACUGCCUGGCUGCCCUGCUGGACCACGAUGCCUUCGUUCUGUGUCGGGAUUUCAAAGGCCGGACCCCCAUCCACUUUGCCUCGGCGUGCGGGCACUUAGAAAUCCUGAGGACCCUGCUGCAGGCAGCCCUCUCUACUGACCCUCUGGACUCUGUGGUGGACUACAGCGGCUACUCACCAAUGCACUGGGCUUCAUACAGUGGACAUGAAGAUUGUCUUGAAUUGUUACUUGAACACAAUCCGUUUGCGUACCUAGAAGGAAACCCCUUUACUCCAUUGCACUGUGCAGUAAUUAACAACCAGGAUGGCACUGCUGAAAUGCUGGUGGAAGCAUUAGGUGCCAAGAUUGUUAAUAGCAGAGAUGCCAAAGGAAGGACACCCCUUCACGCUGCUGCCUUUGCAGACAACAUCCAUGGUUUACAGCUGCUUCUGCGCCACCAAGCCGAGGUGGACGUGACCGACAAGCUGGGGAGGACUCCCCUCAUGAUGGCUUCAGAGAACGGGCACACCGCAGCGGUCGAGUUCCUGCUGUACCAAGCGAAAGCAAAUAUAACUGUGCUGGAUGUCAACAAGAACACAGCUCUUCACCUGGCCUGCAGCAAGGGCCAUGAAAAGUGUGCCUUGUUGAUCCUGGGGGAAACCCAAGACCUUGGCCUUAUCAAUGCAAGUAACAGUGCUCUGCAAAUGCCGCUCCACAUCGCAGCUCGGAACGGGCUGGCCUCCGUCGUCCAGGCCCUGCUCAGCAGAGGUGCCACUGUGCUGGCUGUGGAUGAAGAAGGUCAUACCCCAGCCUUGGCCUGCGCCCCCAACAAGGACGUAGCCGACUGCCUGGCACUUAUCCUCUCCACCAUGAAGCCUUUCCCACCUAAAGACGCCAUCAGCUCUUUCAGCUUCAACCUCCUCAAGAACUGCGGCAUCGCAGCCAAAACGGCCGCCUGCGGGGCCCUGCCCAACGGCACCUCCUGCCCCUACAGCAAGGACCGGCACAACGCCAUCGGCCUGGACGGCUGCUACUCCGAGUAGCUUAAACUAUGGGUGACCUAAUAUCUUAUUAUAUUUAUUUAGAAAUUCUAUAAAUAUAGGGCACUUUAAAGGAGAACAAGACUGGGCGGGCCUAGCGUGGCCGGGUAAGGCCUAGAGUUCAGGGCUUCCUCUUCCCGCUGGGUUGCCAACCCCCGCUGCCAAAGCUGUUAAUUGUUUUAACGAGCAGCUUUAACGGCAGCUUUCCAUCCCCGUUUCCAGACCCCGUUUCCAUCCCUGGCUCCGUCCUCUCCCCGUUGGGAUGUGCUGGAAGCCCCUCCGACAGCCGGGCAGGAGACGGGUGCCGCGGCCUAGGGCUUCUCCCGGCGGGGACCAGGCCGGUGCCGCCAUGGCUGGCCCGGGGCCGGGGCAGGGGUCUGUCCCCCAGCUUAUGGGGAGGGUUGUGAUGGGUUUCCCGGUGCCCCUCGUCCCCGGGACACCCCCCCGGGGGCUGCCCCCAGCGGGGACGGGGAAGCCUGAACUCUGGGUGGGAUGGGGAGGGAUUUGGGGGGGGUCCCGCGGGCGCCGGGGGGUGUGUGAGCUCCCGGCCAAGUGCCACCGUCACUGCUCCUCUUGGCAAUCACUUCUUCUCCUCACGCUUCAGAGUCCAAUACAAACACUUGAAUCGAGAUCUACUGUACCUGGGACACUAAAAAUACCCUUUUGGCAGCUGUCAUUUAUAUGCAAAAACGGGUGCUGCUGCCCAGCCCCGCGGCGGAGGCUGCGGGGGCGCUGCUGGAGCCUCCCCCCCCCUUCUCCAGGCACUUUAGGGAUUCUCUUCUGGGUUGGGUUGGGUUGGUUGGUUUUUGGUUUUGUUUUUUUUUUUUCUUUUUCCUUGGCAAAUUGUCGGAUCCGAAAAAACGAUUCUUUUUUUUUUUUUUUUGAAUUUUUCGUUCUCUGUUUCGCGUGGCCGUUUCCCAGCCAGAGUCAGUGUUGCUUGGGUUAGGUGUUUUUUUUUUUUUAAAAGAAGAAAGCUAUUUAUAAAGAAACAAGCAUUUACCUUUAAAAAAAAAAACAACAAAAAUCAUAAAAAAAAAUUCUGAAAGUUUUAGCCUUCUAAUAAGGAAACAAAUGCACUUCAAAGUCCUUAUUCACAACCCUCAGUAAGUUUGUUUAUUUUUCUACUGCAGCAUCGUGGCAGGUUUAGGGGUGUGUACGUGGCGUCGCUGGGGUUUUGUUUGGGGUUUUCUUUUUUUUUUUUUUAAUUUUUGAAAUCAUAUUUAUGAUGCAGGUUUGAAGCAUUGGAGAAUGUUGCACUGUUUGGGGGUUUGUUGUUUUUUUUUUUUUCCUGUUGGGUUUUUAUUUUAUUUUUUCUUUCUCCUUCUGAGUUACUGUAACAGCAUCAUGUGCAAACAAACAACCCUCUUUCUCCAUAUCACGAGUCUGUUCAAAGCCAAAGAUGGGGCUGCAGAGACGGAGAGGGGGCUGAUGGGGGCAAUGAGGUGUUUUGGGGACCCUCUUCUUCCCCCCACCCCUUCCCUGGUGGGCUCCCCCCAGGAGGGGAGCAGGGAGAAAGGGGGUGCCCCCUCUUUGCCGGCGAGGGGAGCCUCGUGCCACGGCUCUUUGCCCGGUGGUUCAGAGAGAAAAAGCAUUUCUGUAACCAAAAUAAGGUAUUAAGUCUACUUUUUUUUUGUCUUUUUUUGUUUGUUUGUUUUAAAUUAGUUUCUAAAUGAAGGUGGCUCCUGUCCAGGGGGGGGGUUGUCGGGUUGAGCUGGAGCCGGCCCUUCCCGGGGUUGGGGGGGGGGAUCUCCCAGUGGGUGCUGCCUCUCGCACUGUUUCUUUCUUUUACCAAAGCCAAACUCUUAGAACCAAAUAAUGAAGUUUCAGUCUUGGCCUUUGGGUGAGAAGCACAUUUUCUUCACGUUUCACGUAGGAGUUGUUUUCCCCCGGAGGGGAGGGGGGGUCGGGGACACCCCCUCCCCGUUCCGUGGCUCUUGUUGGGCACCGGAGGAGCUCGCUCUCCCCCGGCCCCUUUCCAGCCCCUCGGUGGGGUCCAGGAGUGGGGACCCCACGGGGCUGUUUCCCUGCUCUGGGGGGGGGUUUCCCUUCCUCCUGGCCACCCCCACGCUGGGGAAGGGUCCCCUCCCCAGCCUCCCCCCCUCUCGCUUGAAAGAAAGUGUUAACCUUUCUGCACCGAAUACCUCAGUUCGGAACCAGAAUAAACUCAACGAAACUUGAAUAAAAAAAGAUCCUUUUUGAAGAUCCUUUUCAGUAUUCUACAGAGGAGAACUGGAAAAAAAAAGAGACUUGUUUACAUUUUGCUGUCGAGUCCGCACUUGCCUCUUGCAGCUCUUUUCCCUUUCUGGGAGGAAUUUUAGGCAUCACUUUAUCUCUUCUUCUUCUCGCUGCUGGCCCUCGCCCUCCCCACGGGGCAGGAAAAUGGGUCCAAAGUCCUGAGCCGUGUCGUCUUCAAGGGCUAAAGUACUUUUUUCUGGCCCAAAGAGGGGCCGAGGCUCCUGUCCCCUGGGGACGGAGCGGGGCAGAGCCCCCGGGGCUUCGAUGGCUUCAUCCUCCCCGGAGAGAUGCUCGGGCUCCUGGGAGAGCUUGGGGGGGCUCCUGGGGGGGACCCUGGGGACCCUCGACGCCGUGGGGCUUUGGGGGGGCUCCCGGGGAUGGGCCCCCAGCACCAUUUCACUUGAACAGGAGUUUUUUGCUGUAGCCAGGGUGAGAGCUCCUCGGAGCACACGGAGAAUGCUGCUUGUCCUUCACCACCUCCCUGCCCCCUUUAUUUUUUUGGAGUAUUAGUGUGGUUUUCGGUUUGUCUAGAGAGGAAAACUGAUCGAUCUCUCUUUUUUUUUGGCCUUGUUUCCGUGCUCCGACGUGUUCCCUUCGCUCGACACCACGAUUUAAAAAAAAAAAA